AAUUAAUAACUACUGUCCCCUUUCUCCAUGACCUGAUCUGUCCAGCCCAGGCUCCUAACAGAAGCAGAUUUUUGUCCGUAUACAAAUUCUGAUGAUUCUAAAUAUUUGUUAAAGUUUUGAAGGACUCUAUAUUAUGUGAAGCAGAUUGGAAGCCGAGAUCAACCAAAAGAAUAAAAAAUUAAGAAAGGGCUAAUUUCAUCAUUUCUCUUCUGCAUUGAGGAACCAGCCAUAUUUUGGCCUUAGGGCCACACAUAGGAUGAAUGAGUGGGUGGGCCCUGAUGUCAAUGUUGUGGGACCUCUGCAGAUGCCACCAAAUGAUGGCUUCUCCCUGCCAGAGGGAUCACACUUCUUUGAUAUUCUGGCAGAGCAGAGCAGCCCUCUGCUUCAGGACCAAGAGGUCUUGCCUUUCGGCAGCUAUCCAGGCAUGCAGUACUCCACAAUGGAGCAAGCCAUGUCCUCACCAUCAUACUACUCCAAUCAACACUACUAUCCCCAGUACAACACGGAGGAGUGGUGCUCACCGUCCUCCAUGCUGGAACUAAGGAAAGGCCCACUAGAGGGGAGCUUCGAGACAGAGAUCGAGGAGCCAACCCCUGUUGUUCCCAAUGUGUAUAAGAGACCAAGACAUGCCCAUUCAGGCAGGUUCAAAGGAGAAGAACUGUGUGUGGUGUGUGGAGACAAAGCCUCGGGAUACCACUAUAAUGCCCUCACUUGUGAAGGAUGUAAAGGGUUUUUCAGAAGAAGUAUAACAAAGAAUGCAGUUUAUAAGUGUAAAAGUGGAGGGAACUGUGAGAUGGACAUGUACAUGCGCAGAAAGUGUCAAGAGUGUCGACUCCGGAAGUGCAAGGAGAUGGGAAUGCUUGCGGAAUGUUUGCUAACAGAGAUCCAGUGCAAGUCCAAAAGGCUGAGGAAAAACCCUAAGGCUUCAUCAGAAGAUGGUACAGCAGACGAUACAGAGAUGGGAGACAGUGGAGAUGCUAAGCAGGUCACAUCCACAACCAAAACCUUAAAAGAAAAAGUGGAGCUAAGUCAAGACCAGCAGUCUUUGCUAAGUUAUAUUCUUGAGGCAUACAACAAACAUCGUAUUCCUCCAGAUAUGGCCAAGAAACUGCUCCAAGAACAGUUCAGCACAGAAGAGAACUUCCUCCUUUUGACCGAGAUGGCAACCAGCCAUGUUCAGGUUUUGGUUGAGUUUACAAAAAACAUCCCAGGUUUCCAGUCUCUGGACCAUGAGGAUCAGAUCGCUCUACUAAAGGGUUCAGCAGUUGAGGCAAUGUUCCUGCGUUCAGCCCAGGCCUUCACCAAGAAGCUGCCUCAGGGACACACAGAGGUGCUGGAGGAGCGAAUAAGGAAGAGUGGAGUUGGGCUUGGCCCUUUAGUUCCAGUGAAAGGAACUCUUAAUGCUUCAGCAUACCAAGACAUCUUGGACAAUAUUAUUCUCCCAACUUUGUGGGAACAGUUUGGAGAUGACCCCUUCCUGUUCCAACAUGACUGCACAGUGCACAAAGCAAGGUCCAUAAAGACAUGGAUGAGUGAGUUUGGUGACUUGACUGGCCUGCAGAGAGUCCUGACCUCAACCUGACAGAGCAACUUUGGGAUGAAUUAGAGUAGCGACUGUGAGCCAGGCCUUCUCAUCCAACAUCAGUGCCUGACCUCACAAAUGCGCUUCUAGAGGAAUGGUCAAAAAUUUCCAUAAACACACACAUAAACCGUGUGGAAAGCCUUCCCAGAAGAGUUGAAGCUGUUAUAGCUGCAAAGGGCGGGCCAACUCCAUAUUAAAUUCAUGUGCAUGUGAAAGCAGACGUCCCAGUUUUGGCCUGACUCACAGCUCCUUACAUUUUCAUUUAGACUCUUAAACUACUCAUUACAAAUCCCAACUGUCUUGAGAUUUUUUCUACUGUUUUCAGUCAGUUUUGUUUUACACUUAAAUUUUCUCUAUUAUAAUACUAUUUUUUUUUUUUUAAAAAAAAGGUACACUCACCAGCCACAUUGUUAGUAACACAAAUCAUUCAGUCAGCCAAACAUGUGGCAGCAGAACAAUGCAUAAAAUUAUACAAAUACAGGUCAGUUAAUGUUCAAAAAAAUAAAAAAUAAAGAGUGGUCUUAGUGAAUUUGGCUCGGUUGCUGGCGCCAGCUUAAUUACAGUUUCUCUGAAGGUUUUCCACCCCUGUGCAUGCUAAAAUUAGUGCAAGAUGUGAAUUCUUCCCGUCUUACUUUCUUUGUUUUGCUGAUUAGAAUCAUCUCACGACCACUUAGCAUUUUGCUUUGUGUUCUUUGUAACAGAAACUUACACAGGUGUGUUACAUCAAGGCUCAGCAAUGUGCACUUCUAUAGAAAAAUAGACACAGACUUCUCGAGAAACACCCAGAAACUACAUCUGAAGCUUGUUGAAAUGUGGGAUAAACUGUGACAUUUUGAACUUUGAAUCUCCAAACAAUUCAUCUGUAACUUAAAUAAAACUGAGAAACUGAAGUUUUUAACCUUUAACAUGUUUAUGGAAUACACAGUUGGCCAAGUUGAAGAAUUACUAGUUAGGAAUAAAGCCAGAAAUCACGAUGCACAUUAACUUUAUUAACUUGUCUC